CUUCCUUGGCUCUAGCCAGGCGACUUCCUCGGUGCCAUGUGUUCGUUUGUUGAGUUCUUGCUUGGGCUCUCGCCUUAUUGCCCUUAUCCCCGCAGCCCGGCAUAUACGCACAAGUAUAAUUAUCCAGACAUGGUGCUUACCCCCUGGACGUCCUGAACGCUCCCUGAUACCACUACGUGCCUGUGGGCCAUCAGAAAAAGCAUCCUGCUCCUCGCAACCUCACAAUGGCUGGUGAUAUCGCCCCAGCGGACCACGGGCCCGGCGUCGAGGUCGAUGCCGCCACCGAGAGGCGACUCGUCCGCAAGCUCGACCGCAGACUGGUCCUGCUCGCCUUUCUGUGCUACAUGGCCGCCUUCCUCGACCGCUCCAACAUUGGCAACGCCGAGACGGCCGGCAUGAGCAAGGACCUCGGGUUUGACAAUGCUCAGUAUCAGUGGCUGCUCACAAUCUUCUACAUCCCAUACAUCCUGUUCGAGUGGUUCGCGCUCAUGUGGAAGAUCCUGCCGCCGCACGUGUGGGCCUUCGCGACCGUCCUCACGUGGGGCAUCGCCUCGAUGCUGCAGGCCGCCGCCUCCAGCUGGGAGGGCCUGAUGGCGUGCCGCUUCUUCCUCGCCACGGCGGAGGCGGGCUUCGGGCCGGGGAUCCCCUACCUCUUCUCCUUCUUCUACACGCGGAGGGAGCUCGGCCUCCGCUGCGGCGUCUUCCUCUCGGCCGCGCCGCUCGCCACCACCUUUGCCGGCGCGCUGGCGUACGGCAUCACCGGCGGCCGCUACAGCGGCAUCGCCGGCUGGCGGCUGCUCUUCAUCGUCGAGGCCGUCCCGCCCCUGGUCCUGGCCUUCGCCGUCCUGCUCUACCUGCCCGACUCGGCCGCGUCCGCCCGGUUCCUCACCGCCGAGGAGAAGGCCAUCGCCCGGGCCCGGGCCAUCAACCACUCGGGCCGGGAGGGCGGCACCGCGCAGGGCCACAGCCUGGGCAGGAUCAGCCCGCGGGAGAUCCUCGAGACGGUCAGGACGCCGCAGGCGUGGGUCAUGGCCAUGAUGUACUUCAGCUGCAACGUGGCGUUCGCGUCGCUGCCCGUGUUCCUGCCCGCGGUCCUGCAGGGCAUGGGCUUCACCAGCGUCAACGCGCAGGGGCUGACGGCGCCGCCGUACCUGCUCGCCUUCGUCGUGUGCAUCGCCUCGACCUGGGCCGGCGACCGCACCCAGCAGCGGGGGCUGCUGAUCGCGGCGCUCUCGCUCGCCGGGUGCGCCGGCUACGCCAUGCUGGCGGCGUCGCGGUCCGUCGGCGCGCGCUACGCCGGCGUCUUCCUCGCCGCCGCCGGCGUCUUCCCGGCCAUCGCCAACAUCCUGUCGUGGGUGCUCAACAACCAGCGCGGCGACACGCGCCGCGGCGUCGGCAUCGCCGUCAUGAACCUCGUCGGCCAGUGCGGCCCGCUCCUCGGCACCCGCGUCUUCCCGGCGCGCGAGGCGCCGUACUAUGCCAGGGGCAUGGCCGUCUGCGCCGCCUUCAUGGCCUUCAACGCCGUGCUGGCCCUCGGCCUGAGGACCUACUUCAAGCUGCGCAACGACAGGUGGGACCGCGCCGCCCGGGAGGCGCCCGUGUCGUCCGGCAAGGCUGGGGGCUACGACCACGUCCCCGAUGUUGUCACUGCUGGUGGCAACAACAGGCACCUGGGGGCGGCCGCUGGGGCCGAGGCGGACGGGCUGGAGAACUCGGCCGAGUGGAGGUUUGCGUUGUGAGAUGGCGAGUGGAAGGAGAAGGCUGUUGUUGCCCCGGCACGCCUGGUGCAACCUCAGACACUGCUCCAGUACGUGUACUCAAGUAUAUACACCGCGGUUUGAGUGGAGUGACACCGGUCUACAGGUGCUCGCUCACCUUGGCUUUUUGUUUCAGAGUGUGGAUCGCAAGACGCCGGCGGCCAGCAUACA